AUGGAUGCCAUUUCUCUGGCUUACCAGACCCAGUCCAUGCCCACCUCCUUGCGGGUUAGAGCACACUCCACGACAAGAUCGAACAGAUUUCCAGGCUGUAAUCUAACUAAUGAGUGCUGUGAAAGUUUGUCUUCAGUUCUACAAUCACCAAACUCCCUGAGAGAACUGGACCUCAGGAACAAUGAACUGCAGGAUUCAGGAGUGAAGCUGCUCUCUGAUGCACUGAAGAGUCCUCACUGUACACUGGAGAUAUUGAGAUUGUCAACUUGUAGUUUCACUGGUCAGUGCUGUGAAAGUUUGUCUUCAGUUCUACAAUCAUCAAACUCCCUGAGAGAGCUGGACCUGAGUAACAAUGACCUGCAGGAUUCAGGAGUGAAGCUGCUCUCUGAUGCACUGAAGAGUCCUCACUGUACACUGGAGAUAUUGAGAUUAUCUGGCUGUAUGGUGACAGAGGAAGGCUGUUGUUCUGUGGCUUCAGCGCUGAGUUCAAACCCAUCACAACUGAGAGAGCUGGAUCUAAACUACAAUCAACCAGGAAAUUCAGGAGUCAAGCUGCUCUCUGAACGACUCAACGAUCCAAAAUGCACACUGGAAAAACUAAAUGUGGAUCAUGGAGGAGAGUUCAGGAUUACAGCAGGACUACACAAAUAUGUCUGUGAUCUCACACUGGAUUCAAACACAGUAAACACUAAACUCAUUCUGUCUGAGGGGAACAGGAAGGUGACACGUGUGAGAGAGCGUCAGUCAUAUCCUGAUCAUCCAGAGAGAUUUGAUGUGUAUCAUCAGGUUCUGUGUCGAGAGAGUCUGACUGGACGCUGUUACUGGGAGACUCAAUGGAGUGGACGUGCUGUUGGUAUAUCAGUGUCAUAUAAAGGAAUCAGCAGGAAAGGAGGAAGUUAUGACUGUUGGUUUGGACUCAAUGUAAACUCCUGGAGUCUGUGGUGCUCUGAUGACAGAUUCACUGUCCGUCACAAUAAUAACAGAUCUGACAUACGUUCCCCUUCACACGACUGUAAGAGAGUCGGAGUGUAUGUGGACUGUCCCGCCGGCACUCUGUCCUUCUACAGCGUCUCUGACACACACACACUCACACACUUACACACAUUCAUCACCACAUUCACUGAACCCCUCUAUGCUGGAUUCAGAGUUUAUCCUGAUUCCUCAGUGUGUAACUGUGUGACGGGCCGCUCGUGA